AAAAUCAACAGCGACAGUAGGUCGAGCGCAGGAAUUAGGUCAACACACACACACACACACACACACACACACACACACACACACUCUCUCUCUCUGUGAGAGAGAGAGAGAGACAAACACAGGCAUACUGAGACAGAGAGAGAGAGAGCGAGAGACAGACAGACUGACCUGCAGGCGGUAAUGAGAAAUUAAAACGUAGUUAUUUAUCUUAGCUAAUGAUUAGCUUCAAAUGCGCCACAUCUUGCUGUUUUGGAUGUUUUGGAGCUCGGGUUUAGAAUUAAAUCACACCGGAUCUUCACUGAUUCAGCAAGACUUCUUCUCUACUGACUAAAUACCAAGCAGAAUGAAAAGAAGAAUAAUCAGACACAAAGAGGCCAGUGGCUCAUCCUGUGAGGAGCGUAUGGAGGUUUGUAAGAAAGCUAGACAUCCCAGUGAGGACUUUGAAGAUGUGGCUUCAUCCUGGGCAUGGCUACCACAGGAGAUCCUGCUGCGUGUCUUUCAGUACUUGCCCUUGCUGGAUCGAGCCUUUGCCUCUCAGGUUUGCCGUGGUUGGAAUGAAGCUUUUCACAUGCCUGAGCUCUGGAGAUGCUUUGAGUUUGAGCUCAACCAACCUGCAAGCUCUUACCUGAAGGCCACUCAUCCUGAUCUCAUCAAGCAGAUCAUCAAGAAGCACUCGAAUCAUUUACAGUAUGUCAGUUUUAAGGUGGACAGCAGUACAGAAUCAGCAGAAGCAGCUUGCAACAUCCUGUCUCAGCUUGUAAACUGCUCAAUAAAGACCCUUGGUCUCAUUUCCACAGCACGGCCAAGUUUUAUGGAGUUAACAAAAUCUCACUUCAUCUCUGCACUGACUGUUGUGUUUGUCAACUCCAAGUCUCUGUCAUCACUCAAGAUUGAUGACACGCCUGUUGAUGACCCAUCACUCAAGGUCUUGGUGGCCAACAACAGUGACACACUCAAACUGCUAAAGAUGAGCAGCUGCCCCCAUGUCUCCCCUGCUGGAAUCCUGUGUGUCGCAGAUCAGUGCCAUGGCUUGAGGGAGCUGGCAUUGAAUUACCACUUGCUGAGUGAUGAGCUCCUCCUUGCGCUCUCCUCCGAGAAGCAUGUGCAUCUGGAGCAUCUUCGCAUCGAUGUUGUGAGUGAGAACCCAGGUCAGCAGUUUCACACCAUCAAAAAAAGCAGCUGGGAUGCCAUGGUGCGUCACUCACCCAAGUUCAACCUGGUCAUGUACUUCUUCCUGUAUGAAGAUGAGUUUGAGCCUUUCUUCCAGGAUGAGAUUCCCGUCACUCACCUCUAUUUUGGCCGUUCGGUCAGUAAGGAAGUGCUCGGGCGCGUAGGCAUGAACUGCCCUCGGCUUGUGGAGCUGGUGGUGUGUGCCAACGGCUUGCGUCCCCUGGACGAGGAGCUGAUUCGCAUUGCUGAGCGCUGUACACAGCUGUCGGCCAUCGGCCUAGGCGAGUGUGAGGUGUCCUGCAGCGCCUUCGUGGAGUUUGUGAGGAUGUGUGGGAGACGCCUUACACAGCUCUCCAUCAUGGAAGAGGUGCUCAUCCCUGACCACAAGUACAGCCUGGAUGAAAUUCACUGGGAGGUUUCAAGACACCUUGGCCGCGUCUGGUUCCCAGAUAUGAUGCCUACCUGGUGAGGUACUUGCAGACUUAUUUGAGCAUUAGAUUACUGGAUUCAUUACCAGCACAAGAAGCUUAUUACUUUAACCUUUAAGGCAGUUCUAAAACUCUAAAGUGUACUACAGAUGAUUCCUUGGUAUUUGAGAUAUUGUAGUAUUAAACACGGCAUGGUUUAUCAGUGGUGUUUUAGUAUUCCUAACUACAGUGUAAUCAAGAGUUUGAGGAAGGAAACAUCUUCACUGGUGUAAACACUUUAUUAAAAUAUAAGGCUUUUUUUCUCUAUACUUAACACUGUGUAUAUGCUGACAAUCAUAAGAGAAUAAGCUUUUAUCAUUAUUGAAACUAUGGCUAUAACAGUUGUACAAUGCUUUGUAGUUUAUUUAUGUAAUUAGAUAUUUCACAUUUCACUAUUUCAUUAGAUAUGUUUAAUAUUUUGUUGUAAUAUGCUAGAUGCGGAAUUUUGCCUUUGCAUCUUAUUAACCUAAUCCAAUCUAAUUUAUAUAAACAAUAGAAACUGGGUAUAUGUAAAAUGAUAAAGGUAGUAGUUAUUCUGUUGGCAACAAAAGUGGUCUCAUGAGGCAAAAGACACUUUCACAUUGAGUUUCAGUUCAUUUGAUUAGCUCUAAACUUUAUUUAAUGUCAAAAUAAAAUAUAUAUUUUUAUAUUUAAAAUAUUUUAUUUAUAAAAAAGAUAAAUACUGAAAAGUAAGUAAAAAAAUUCAUCUAUAAUUGUUAAAAUGACAUUACAUGAAAAAAAAAAUGACAUGAAAAAAACACUAAAUUGCUUCUUUGUAAGUUUGCAAUAAAUAAAUAUUAUUCUAUUGUGAUCUGAUCUUUUAAGAGUGCAUCGUGACAUAAUCUUAAGGCUCUCUCAUAAUAUCACCCAGCAUUGUUUUCUACUUUCUUUUUAAGAGACAGGAAAUCAGGAAGCUGAUGAGUUUUGUUCUUUGUACACAGACUGUGAGAAAUGUGACAGUUAACCGAAACAAGUCUGGAAUUUUUACAAUAUUUUUGACGUAAUAUUUUUGAUCUGCAGUUAUGUUGUUAAAUUCCUUUUCACCUGACAUGUUUACUUGUACUAGGUGUCAUUACGGUUUUUAGUCACAACUUGGAUCUUGAGUUGAUGUUAGGAGAGAAAUGUGGUCAGUUAAGUUGUGUAUGUUUUAAAGAUGUGCUGAAGACAGUGUGAGAGGCCACUUUCCUGACACGAGCAGUGAUGUCUGAUAAAUUACUACUUUCCUGCUUUUUUAAAUAAUAUAACAUAAACAGAUUUUUAUUGGGUAACAUCAGGACCUAUUGAUUAUGACAUUUGUUUGUAUUAAUGGUUUAAAGGCACUUUAGAUGGAGAUCACAUUAACUACAGAAAUAUAAGUGCGAGCACAGAUGGAGGUAAGCUGCAGAUAAGCAAUUAAGGUUUGCACUUAUAAAAAUGUGUUAUUGUAUCUGUUAUUGUUUUUUGUUGUAUAAAAAACAAAUGAGCAUAACCCAGGUUUUAUAGAUUCCUAUAGAGAUUCUAGCUGUGACUUUGCAAAACAGAUUUAUAGACCUACAUACUAGUUUAACAGGCUCUUUGACCUGAUUUCAUUGUUUUGUAUUAGGGAAGCUCAACAUUAUGUAUGUAUUUAACUACUGUUCAAAAUACUGUUUUGAUAUAUAUAAGGGACUCAUGUUUCUUAUAUCCUUAUUCAGUGUAUUAGAUGUCAUUGGUUAUAUAUACACUGAUCAGCCAUAAAUUGCCACCCAGUGGACCACCAGUUGUGGAUAUCUGGUUAUGACCAUUAUUAUCAAGUGUAAUCAGUGUAAUUCACUUCACCGGUCAGUGGAUUUAAUGUUCUGACUGAUCAGUGUAUAUAAGCUAUUUAUCUAAAACAGUAUAAAAACUAGGCUUUGUUGUGAACCUGUGCUUAGUCAAUUCCAACAUCCAAACCUGCUUCACAUUUUGCAUUGAACAAAAAUAAACUAUAUAAAAUGUC